AGAGAGAAAGAGAGAGAGAGAGAGAGAGAGAGAGCUGGUGGGGGGGAGAAGGAGAAGCAGCACUGAGAGUCGAGUCUUCACUCCAGAUCUAUGGGGAUUUUUUGAGUCUCUUGCUGCAGAAUAUGUCUUCUCUACUUUUGAAGUGAGCGCUUAUAAAGCUUUAACUCAGUAAAUCACCACUUAUUCAGCAGGACAGAUUGCCUUCUAAAGACACUCCGGCUCUCUGCAUGGAGAAACGCUGCUGCUGUUGCUGCAAGAUGAGGAUGCUGUGUUUGAACUUUGCCAUCACCUGUCUGUGGCUUCUCCCUUCAGCGGUCCAAGAAACAGCCAAGCCGUUGGACUUUGAGAACCAACAGUGGAGAGAGGAGGAAGGAGGAGACGGCAUGGGAGCAGCUUUGAAAGUUAAACAUAUCUUCAAAGACUUGCAGGUCAUCUCCACCAAACAAAAGACACCUGUUCACAGCUCUAUCGGCCCGUACGGAUGGCCACAGAACUUCUCCCAAGCCCUGGAUCAGUAUCUGUACCGCCCCCCUUCUAAAGCCAAACCUCCCGUGAAAACUUCCCCAAAGGCCAAGAAGAUCCUGGGCUGGGGCGAUUUUUACUUCAACGUGAAGACAGUGAAGUUCAGCCUCCUGGUGACGGGGAAGAUCGUGGACCACAUCAACGGCACGUUCAGCGUCUACUUCCGCCACAACUCGUCCCGUCUGGGGAACAUAUCCGUCAGCAUCGUGCCACCCUCCAAAGCUGUAGGAUGGGAGGUUUUGGAUCCGGCGGAGCAGGGCGUUCACCCCAAAAACUCAGUCCUGGUUCCAGAUCUGACGUCACAGUUCCAGAGCCCACCUCAGGCCACCAUCUCUACUCCUCCAGACCAGCAGAAGCAGCAGCAGCAGGACAUGAUGAUGGGGACCGAACUCAACUGCCGGAUCGAGUACCAGAGAACCAACCGGUCCAAGAAGACCAAGCCCUGCAUGUAUGACCCGGGGCAGACCUGCUACUCAGAGAACACCCAGUCCCAGGCGGCCUGGAUCUGCGCCAAACCCUUUAAGGUUAUAUGCAUCUUCAUCGCCUUCACCGGCACCGACUACAGGCUGGUGCAGAAGGUCUGUCCGGAUCACAACUUUCAGACGGAGCAGAACCAGCAGCACUUCGGAUGACCGAUUCUGAGACACUGACUUUUCAUACAUCUUUCAAAAUCAUGUGUUCAGUUUUUAAAAUAGGUUUGAGAUUGACUCUUUUUUAUAUGCUGUUAAAAACACAUUUUAAACUUGUCAGUGAAUGCAGUUUGAGCCUUGUGUCAAUGUGUUAAAGGGGCUCUAUGUAAGAAUCAGAAGUUUCUUGUUAACAGUGACACCUGUGACACCAGCGUCCUGUUGCUCGCGCUUGUGCCUGCAGUACGUAGACGUGAGCAAGCAUCGGUUAAAACAGUGAGGCGACACACACAAGACUGAACAUGACUGACAGCUAAAACCACAAUAACACUGUAUAUUUAACCUGCUUGGCAGUGAUGUUAACUUAUCUGUCCAGUAGGAUUUUUUUCCAGCUCUGGUCUGUUUUGAUUCCCAAAACCAAACUAACGUCCCUCUAAGAAUCAAAGGCCCGGCCGAUGUUGAUCCUAGAUUUCCCCCCAAUGUCGGUCACAUUCCUUUUUUUGCAAGACGGGCUUCACUUUGUGCAUCCGUGGAGCUUGUGUUAGAGUCUGAGUUGUGGUGGGGGCUGGUCAUUUGUUGGGGUUAGAGGACUCCUUUUCUAACCAAACAUUAGCUAUCGUUGCACCCUGUUGGCCCUGUAGCGGAGCUGAAGAGAGUA